AGUCAAAAUCAGUCAUCGCUUUCUUUAAGAGAGAGGGGCGGUUAAUGUGAGUGUGUUUGUGUGUGUGUAUGUGUGUGUGUGUUUGUGUGCGUGUGUGUGUGUGAGAGAGAGAGAGAGAGAGAGAGAGAGAGAGAGAGAGAGAGAGAGGGAUGGUAUUCCUGCAGCAGUCCAGUGACCAGACAGACAGACAGCGUGGUGGUUUCUCUCUGCAGCAUCACCUUCUUUCAGGCCCGCACCCGCACCCGCACCGGCCCCCGCACCCGCACCGGCCCCCGCACCUGCCCCCGCACCGCCAGCCGCAGCGGAAGAGGGACCAUGUCGAACGCCACGGCCGGAACGAGCAAAGGGAUCAACCUGACCUGCGGCAUGUCGGGCCACCACGACAUCAUCUUCACGCUGGUGCCCAUCGUCUACGGGUGCAACUUUGCCAUCGGCAUUGUGGGUAACAGCAUGGUGGUGGCCGUCAUCUACUGCUACAUGAAGCUGAAGACGGUGGCCAACAUCUUCGUGCUCAACCUGGCCGUGUCCGACCUGACCUUCCUCAUGACGCUGCCCAUGUGGGCCACCUUCACCGCCACGGGCUACCACUGGCCCUUCGGGGGCUUCCUGUGCAAGACCAGCGCCGGCUUGGUGAUCUUCAACCUCUACACCAGCACCUUCUUCCUGACGGCGCUCAGCAUGGACCGCUACCUGGCCAUCGUGCACCCGGUGAGGUCGCGGCGCUUCCGCACGGCGGCGUACGCCCGCAUCACCUGCGUGGUGGUCUGGCUCUUCGCCUUCGUGCUGAGCGUGCCCACGGCGUUGACGCGGGACGUGCUGGACAUCGCCAACUCCAACGCCACGGUGUGCGGCGUCCUGCACCCGGCGGCGGAGAACCGCGUGCGGCUGAAGGAGCUCCUGCUGGCCAUCAACCUGAUGAAGAGCCUGCUGGGCUUCCUGGUGCCCUUCGUCAUCAUCAUCACCUGCUACUGCCUGAUCGGCCGGGCGCUGCUGGGCGCCAGGCACAUCCAGAAGAGCUCGCGUUCCCGCGACGACGAGGUGCUGCGCAUGCUGGCCGCCGCCGUGCUGGCCUUCUUCCUGUGCUGGAUGCCCCAUCAGGUCUUCCACCUGCUGCAGGUGCUGACUCAGCUCAUCCUGGUGGAGAACUGCGCCGUCCUGGAGAUCGUGGACACCGCCAUGCCCUUCACCAUCUGCCUGGCCUACUUCAACAGCUGCGUCAACCCCAUCGUCUACGGCUUCGUGGGACGCAACUUCCGCAAGAACCUGCUGCGCCUGCUGCGCUGCUCGCCGGCCGGCGCCCCCGGCCCCCACCCCAGCAUCAGCUCCAAGAUGAGCGCCCUGUCCUUCCGAGCCUCCGAGGCGCUGAGCCUGACCGCCAAGGGCAAGGCCGCCGCCGACAGCAAGUAGCGGCGACGGGGGGGUUACCGGAGGGAGAGGUUCCGCGGUCGCCGAGGCCAACGCUGAGCGCCGAGCACGCCGUCGUGAUGUCCCGCAUGAAAACCUUCUCGUGCUUGGCGAGAUGUAGCGGGCGCACACUCGCCGUGCGUCGCCGUGUU